AUGGAACAGCGUCAGACUCAUGAGGCAACCCGACAUAGCGCAGUAGCGCAAGUCGAUGCAGAGAAAUGCGUCAGGGAUCCUGUCAACCAGGGAAGAGACCAAAGCCCACGGGAUCUUCAUGGAUGGAAGUGGGCACUAUCUUACACAGCGAUGCUCUCAACAACAUUCCUAUUCGCACUCGACAAUACCAUUGUUGCCGACAUCCAACCCGCCAUCAUCCAAGACCUCGGCCAAAUCGAACUCCUCCCCUGGGUCGGAACCGGCUUCGCCCUCGGCACAAUGGUCGUUCUUCCCCUCAGCAAAGCAUAUGGUAUCCUCUCCAUUCGAAGCCUAUACCUCGCCAACAUACUCCUCUUCGAAGCGGGAAGUGCUUUAUGCGGAGCUGCUCCUAAUAUGAAUGCUAUGAUCCUUGGGAGAGUCAUUGCUGGGGUUGGCGGUGCGGGCAUGUACGCUGGGACAUUGACGUAUGUCGCUGUGAGUACCACCAUGAAGGAGAGGGGGGCGUACAUGGCAGGUAGUACGGUCGUCUGGGGUAUUGGUACUGUUCUUGGACCUGUGGUUGGUGGUGCAUUUGCUGAGAGCAGUGCUACCUGGCGAUGGAGUCAGGGAUUCUAUAUCAACCUCGUCGUUGGCGCCGUCUUCUGUCCAGCAUACCUAUUCCUCUUUCCUUCCAUCGACCCUCAACCAGGAAGGUCUCUGUCCGACAAGCUCAAAAUGAUGGACUGGCCCAUGACGUUGACUUUCUUAUCUGGCUCAACAUUUCUGAUAAUGGCUAUAUCGUUCGGCGGCACCCUUUACAGUUGGCAUUCUGGCGCCGAGAUUGCCUUCUGGACACUUUCCGGAAUUCUUCUCGUUAUCGCCGCUCUCUUACUAAGGUAUCAUCCUGGAGUCUGCAAGGAGGACCAGUUGUGGCCGGCUCGUUUCCUUAAGAUGCCUGUCGUGAUGAACUUACAGCUGCAGGUGUUUCUCUCAGGAGGAGUCAUUCUGACAAUUACUUACUAUAUUCCUUUGUACUUCCAGUUCAUACGUGGCGAUGGACCACUUGACGCUGGGGUGCGACUACUCCCUCUUGUUAUCUCCAUGAUCGUCGCCACCAUCGUCUCGGGCUUGCUGCUUCCCAAGACGCCUUACUUUUCGCCUUGGUAUAUCGGAGGCAGCAUGUUCGUAUUGAUUGGCACUUCCCUGAUGUACACCAUCGACGAGCACACAGAUAAUGCCAACAUCUAUGGAUACAGUAUCAUGGUCGGGUUCGGUGCGGGCUGUUACGUGGUAAUUGGCUUUACUAUCCUGCAGUCACUCGUCCCGAGCCAUGAAAUCUCCAACGCGGUAGCGGUCAUGACGAUUGCACAAAAUCUUGGAAUGGUCCUUUUUCUAUCCCUGUGCGGCACUAUCUUCCAGAACACCGCCAUCACGGGAGUUGGGAAAGCCCUCCCAGACUUGCCCAAGGAUCAAGUUUCGGAAUUGAUUGCCGCUGGUGCUAACUUGAGUCGGCAAGUACAAGAUCUGCAAGCAAGACUAGAAAGAGCUGAAGUUCAAUUGGGCACGAGAAGGCACGACGCUGCGCACACAUGCUCAGGUACCAGACUGCCUUUACUGAUGCCAUUGCUUCAAGACAGUGUCGACAGCAACGUUCUUACCCCUCAUUCUGAUAGCGAGUCAAGGUCGGUUCCGGUGGUCGACGACACCACGUUCGAGACUUUGGAGCUUGGCUUUGAUGAACUGCUCCAGCUCGACCCGGAACAAAAGCUGUGCUGGGAAGCUCCAAUUGACACUUUACUGCAGUCUGUAAACGAUAUCGAUCCGAGUCUCUUGAUCAAUGAAUGGCCGUCUGAUUCAGGGCUUGAAGUAUCCGGAACGAUUCCAAUGGCUGAUAUAAUGACGCCAUUUACCCAGGAGAAGGCACCGCUAAGUAGCCACUCAAGUCAGCCAGAGCCAUCACUGGGAAAUCUUCUCCCUGAACUGUAUCGGUAUUUCUUCAAAUACGUCUACAAUUCCAUGCCUAUCAUUUGCGAAACCCGUUUCCUCUCCGAGCUGUCAACAGACCAUCCCUCAAAGUCAAUUACCGCUCUGAAAUACUCCGUCGCAUUACUCAGCACAGCUGUAUCCAUCCGGUCUCAACACCUGAGCCAAGAGCUUUAUGCUUUAGUUCGCCGCCAGAUAGAAGACUGCGAGAUGGACCCUGAUACCACCGCUUUCUCAAACUUGAACGUCUUCCAGGCACUUUUGUUCCUCGUGCGACUUUCGAGCGUGUUGAGGCUGCAUAGGAUGGACAGCUCGGUUGGACAUGAUGAUGCUGUUCCUGGGCUGCACAUUUCUCUACCUGUUACCGACGAUCAAUGCUUACUUGAAGAGAGAAGACGUUCGUUCUGGUUACUGUUCGUCUGGGAGACCUAUAUCAAGACACGAUCGGGAAUGGAGUCCCAACUAGGGCCAGUUUCUUCUUUCCACGUCAAGCUGCCUUCCCCAGGUCGGCUUGGUCCAGAGUUCAGUCCUGCGAAUAUGCCGUUCCUCGCUGAAGCCGACAGGCUAACGAUCGGAGUAUCCCCCUUUUGUGCGUGCUUAUUGAUGGUCGAUCUUGCUAUGAAGUGCCUUAACAAAAAGGACGACUCAAAUGAAGGCCAGAAUGUCCUGGAGGAGUGCUAUCGCCACAGAAUGCACGUCAUGCAGGGGAUCCUUGUUCAAGACAUGCUAUCGCGGGACCCCAUUGCAUUGACCACGAAUCUUAACAUGGGUGCGAUAAAGAUUAUUCUACACAACAGAACGCUUAAGAGUCAAGAGGUGUCUGAAACGGCCAUGGAGAAGGUUCCACAUCCCCACGAUACUGCCAUGAGCAUCUUUACGAUUCUAAAAGAAAGCUGGGAAGCUCGUCUGAUGGAAGGUAGUCUGGUUAGUCUCCAAGCUACAUUUCUUGCUUGGCCACUGGCUACAGCCAUCAACACCAUAGCCGCGACACAGCAACCAGGUUCUGCUGAUGACUUGAUGGAGCUGUUUGUGAUUCUGGGUGGGCUAGAACCAGAGGGUGGUUACUGGCACACAUUCACUCGAGAAGCUGGUCAAAUGUUGAGGGAUUCUUCAUCAUCGUUCCUCACCAUGUCCAGCCCUUUGGAAACACUGCCAACAGAGCUGCUGGACGAAAUUCUUGUCAGAUUACCUACGGAGGCAGCAGUCAACCUGUGGAAAUCCAACGCGAGGAUGUCCCAUCGUCUUGACAAUCAUUUAUUUGGCCAAACCGCUGUAUUCAAUCGUACCAAGGUAUGGGCGUGCAAACGGGGCGACGUGGAAGUUCUUCGUGCCGCUAUAGCACGCGACGGCGACCCAAAUUUUGUAAUGGGAAUAGAGUCCCGCCGUUUGGUAAGGUCCGAAUCAAAGCCCAGCAAUUGGCCACGAUUCCAACUUGGACCUGAUUCCACACUACGCAUUGUGAUAGGAUUGAACCGUGCGAAAGCUUUGGAUGCUUUGCUCGAAAUGGGCGCUACUUUCGAGGUUUUGGGAAACAAAGACAGGAUAGGUAUUUCGAAUCAUCUUCUCAAAAGCAUUGGUGAGAAGCCACCGAAGAUGCUGGAGGCGCUAACGAGGGCAAAUCUCGGCCAUUGGGUACUCAAUACCAAGGUUUACAGCCGGACUUUUGGCGACUUUGUCAAGGCCGGUGCACCCGUCGGUAUACUGAGGUCGAUAGUUCAGAAUCCGAGCGAAAUGACACUUCAUAGGACGACCUAUGAGACUCCGCUAUCAUCGGCGAUCGACCUCGGCAAGAGCGAUAUCGUCAACAUGCUGAUGGAGAAGGGUGCUGAUAUCAACGGAGUAGUUGAGGAGCAACCGCUUCAGACCACCUUUGUUGUAGAGUACUACAAAGAUAAAAUGACACGUAUCAAGUGUCGGCGACCGUGCCACGUCCCUAUCUUUGCAGCGGCAAGAUAUAUGGCAAGGUCUGGGUCUACAAAGAUGCUGGAUCUAUGCUUGCAUCACGGGGCCGAUAUUAAUCAAAAGUCACCAGCCACGGAAUCAGCCCGGAAAAGGAUCGAUCACUUUAACAUCACCCCACUUAUGGCAUAUUUGGAGGCCAUCCCAGACUUCCCCACCAAGACGGAACUAGACCCUAUAGCCGGGAUCAAAUACUUUAUCAGCAACGGUGCAGACAUUCAGGUUAACGAAUCUCCGGGGAAGAGGUACUUUGGUUCUACCAUGUGGCUUAACGUUUCGACUGAAGACUAUUGUAUACCGCGAUCCAUUGUCGAGGUGCUAUUUUGGAAAUGGGGUAUUGCUCAGCUGCAAGAACCGCAGUUCCUGGAUACUAUCAAAUAUCUGAUAGCUCAAGGAAGUGGUAUUAGCAGAGCCGAUACUAUUGUUGUCAACUUGCCUUUUGACUCUAUAGUUAUGAAGUUCCCACCGCCUCAACGUCAUACCGAUCACCCAGAUAAUGUGCCAAUGUGGCGGGACGCUGUACAGCGACUAUGGGACAAAUUGGACGAGGUACAUGGUCACAGCUACGCAUGGUUGCAGCACAGUUUCGAGCUAGAAUCAGAAGCUAGGAGCCUCAUCGCUGCUGGUAUAAGAACUCAAGAAGAGAGGGACAGAUUACUAUACAGGUCCUUCAACGAUCUGAACUGUCUCUACUUUUCACAGCACUACGUAACCCUCCCUCUUCUGGUCCUAGACCGACAGAUCGACCUUGGCGCAGAUAUCAACUCUGCUGUCGGAGACAAAGGCGAAUCACUAUUAUUCUACGUUUGCGAUCAGAUCAACAACGCCUUCAUAACUGGCGAAAUUGACACCAUUGAAUCUGCUCACCGACAUCCAGAGAACGUCGAAGCCUUCCACGUCAAGUUGCAAGACCUUGUGCUGUCUCUGAUCGACAAGGGAGCAGACCCAAGGAUGCCUAUCAAUGACAGGUCGUCGAUUCACGAUAGCUGGACACCGUUACACGUCCUGAGGCGUGAUACAGAUAAGGCAACCUCGAAGAGCCGAAGGUUUUUGUUGGGCUUGGUUUUGGAAAUUGAGAAGGCACGCGAUGAAUUCUUGGGAAAUGGGUCUACACCAAGUGUCCCUGUGCGAAGUCGAUCACCGUACAGAGGUCAUUAA